GAGACGGUUGUCAGCUGGGAGCCGAGGAUGGAGGAUGUCACAAUCGACCCCACAGAUAGAAACAGUGUUUAUAGUCAUGCAGUGCCUGACGGAGUUGCUUUAGUUGUGUAAACAUUAAUAACAGCUAGACGCUUAGAUAUGGCCAGAUAAACUGAACGUCAAUUCAUAAAUUUUUGAUGUUUAGAUGAGUGGUAGCGUUCUUCAGGGUGCACUAUACAACAACCGGGAACUACAUGCGCGCGUUAACUUUCAAUAUGGCUGUGGUGGUUGCGAUGAACAACAGAAGUUACGGACAUAUUCAAAAAUGAAGAUAUGGCAUCAUUAUUUGAAAGUUGUAGCUUAUCUUGUGUAGUUAACAAACGAAAAUCAAAAAUGGCUUUGUGUCCAUUUUGGACGUGGAAAUACAGCCGAACAGGACCAAUCUUUCUUGUACUGGGAUGUAUUCUGGUGUUUUAUUUCCUCGUCAUGGACAUUUUAGUGUUCAAUUCCUUACAGAAAAUGACGCUGAUGGAACCUCCAAACAAGGGAGGUUACUCGCCUCUAAGACCUCUGUCGGUCAAGCUUCUGAUGAUGGACCACAUGUCACACUACAUAUUCAAUCCUAUAGCAGAGCUUGUAGUUGCUAUAUUCGAACCCACGGGGGUAUAUCACAUCGUUACCCCUAACGUCAUCAGUAUAACAGGGUUGGUUCUCGGUUUCGUUUCCGCGAAAUUCGUAUCGAUGGAAUCACUACAAUACAGAAGGAUUGGUAUCAUUAUAUUCCAAUACCGAAUGUGGCUGGACGUGUUAGAUGGAGUUGUGUUUCGUCAUACAUCCGGGGAUCCCGUUUAUAAAUCACAUAGGUCAUCAUUAGGUUUUUUCAUCGACAUUGACUGUGAUAUCCUCAGUGGUGUUGCUCUUGCUUUCGGCUGUCUUUUCUACCUGUGGAAAUAUCCCCCAGUUAUUGAAUCACGUGAACUUCUACCUCAGACAAAGACGUUUUUGUCAGGACGGGAUUACGAGGACGAUCAUUCAUCCAAGACAAUAGGAAUUAAAGCGACUAAAAACUAUAUAUUUCUUAAAGCGUUGACGUAUGGUGUGGUCAUUCUUAUAGCUUCGUCGACGUGGGAUAAUGUUGUGCAAGCUUUUGUGGAUCUUCUACAAACACCAUUAGAUACGACUAUGCUGACGGAGAAACAGACCGAGGCAGUUCACUCCACAGUUACUUUCUUUAGCAUGUAUUUGUGGCGAUUUGGUGGGUCUCAAGCAUUACUCACAAUGAUUCAAAUUGCAGUAUUUUCAGACAAAAUAUGGGAAUUUUUGAUCUUCAUUCAGUAUGCUGGAUUUGUUGGUCUGGCGAUGCUUAAUAGCAUUAGUUAUAUACAAAUUUAUCACCUACGUGAUGUCUUGGAAGUAACGACGUCUUGAACUUCCUACCGAUUCAACAUUAACUUUCCUGGUAGAUAUUACUUGCAUACGUAUAACCGUUCAGCUCAGGUUUUUGACUUCCUUAGGCCAAAAGUCCAUCAGACGUGAAGUUCAAUCAUGCAUAUAUACGGAUUGUUGGAGAGACGAAUACAUUAUUGGUCACCAUGUUGACAGGUUUUACAACAUAACUGAUAAUGAUAUACAUUAUAUGCAAAUACACUAGAAAAAAGGAAACGUUGCACUCAUACAUUUUCAUUUCUGAAGUUUGUAGAUGAAUAUAAAAAAAAUCUUAAAUUAUAAAGUUCUUUUAUGUCAUGUACACAAAAUAAUUGUAUUACGUGGAAAAUACUAUGUUUCCUGA